AUGCACGCCUAUAUCGCAGCCAGCAGGCAUGCCACCGCCGAUGGGCAUGCCCUACCCUGGAUUUCAACCGGUACAAGCAGGGUACGCAGCGGGGGGAACCUUUCCCAACCCAGUGCCUCCAAUGCAAAUGCCAAUGCCGAUGCCGAUGCCGAUGCCGAUGCCGAUGCCGAUGCCGAUGCCGAUGCCGAUGCCGAUGCCGAUGCCGAUGCCGAUGCCGAUGCCGAUGCCAGCUCCACCGCCGCCACAUAUGCCUGCACAACCGCCCGUACAGAUGCCCAUGCCGGUCUGGUGUACUUGCACCACGGCUGGGCCAACCACAGGUUGUCCCGUUCAUCAACCCGGGAGUGGAAGUCAACCGACGCCAGGGCAGUCCGGUUCCACUGGAGCGCAGUGUUCUCAAGGUUCUCGUGGGCCAGCGGGUGA